AUGAGAGUAGUAGAUGAGGAAACAAGAAGGAUCAUCUAGCAAAAUAGGAUAGAUGCAUUGGAGGCAGAUAACUUGUUUGAUAAUUUGAGAGAAGACAUGGACGAGCAGGGAGAGGAUGAUGAAAUGUGGGAUGAUUAUGCGGGAUCAGACUCAGAUUAAGAUGAAAAUAUAUUUAAGACAUAAGCAUAGACUACUCACAAAAAGGGAAGAAAAGAUGCUAUAGGUAAUGCAUCAGGGUCAGUAAGCCUGAGAAAGACCAGAUCUUAAGGUUAGGAUCUAUCCAAGAACCUGUUAUAGCAAUAAAGAAUGUCAUCAUCUAACAUUUCUAAGGAAAAUAUUGGUAGAAAAGGUUAAAGAGGCAAGCUAGACUUAGCAAAGAUCUUCUAUCAAGAAUUCUACGAUGUUGAAUAGUAACUGAACUUUCAAAAUUAUCUAUCGGUAGCUGCUAAGCCAAGUAAAUUCCCUCGAAGAUUUUUUUGCUCAGUCUGUGGUUAUAAUUCUAAGUAUUAAUGUACUAGAUGUGGUUUGAGAUAUUGCACUAUGAAAUGCGGAGAAACUCACAGAGAAACAAGAUGUAUCAAAUUCGCUGAAUGA